GGGCGGUAACUAUACAUUCAGGAAGAGGUCCAUGGACUGUAAACUCUGCUAGGAGCUAAUUAGUUUGCUAGGUGAAUCUGAUGAAAAAAUAACUCCGUCUGGUCGUUAAAUCGUCCUUAACCAUGUCUGCAAGAAACCCGGGAAUGCCCCUUGACCUAGAAUGGGUGUCCAAGGUGCGGGUGAACACCCAGGCAGUGCUGAAGAGAGCUCAGCAGAUCCAAGGACGCAAUAAGAACAAGAAACAGUGGCAGGCGGCGUGGCUGCUGCGCGCGGUGACCUGUAUUGACCUGACGACCCUGGCCGGUGACGACACGCCCGGCAACGUCCACCGGCUGUGUAUGAAGGCGACCCAGCCGGUACGCUACGACCUGCUGAAGAGCAUGGACAUGCAGGAUAAAGGUGUGACUACUGCAGCGGUGUGCGUGUACCCAUCUCGCGUGGCUGAUGCUGUGAAGUCACUGAAAGCAGCCAACUCCAGCCUACCUGUCGCCUCAGUGGCGACCGGUUUCCCUGCAGGCCAGACCUCUCUGAAGACCAGGCUGGAGGAGGUCCGUAUGGCUGUAGAGGAUGGAGCUAUGGAGAUAGAUAUAGUCAUUAACAGGACUCUGGCUCUCACUGGCCAGUGGGAAGCCAUGUAUGAGGAGGUGUGUCAGUUCAGAGAGGCCUGUGGGGAGGCUCACAUGAAGUCCAUCCUGGCUAUAGGAGAGCUGGGGACCUACACCAAUGUCUACAAGGCUAGUCUGGUGGCUAUGAUGGCUGGGUCAGACUUCAUCAAGACGUCAACAGGGAAGGAGUCUGUCAACGCUACCUACCCUGUCGCCAUAGUGAUGGUCAGAGCCAUCCGGGACUACUUCCUGAAGACUGGUCAUAAGGUUGGUUUUAAGCCUGCUGGUGGGAUCCGUACAGCAAAGGAGUCGUUGGUGUGGCUGACUCUGAUGAAGGAAGAGCUGGGAGACGAGUGGCUGAGCCCUCGCCUCUUUAGACUGGGGGCUAGUAGCCUGCUGGCUGACAUAGAGAGACAGAUCUACCAUCACGUGACUGGUCGCUACGCAGCCUAUCACCAGAUGCCCAUGGCCUGAAACCACGGUUACCAUUUCCAAAGUGACCAAUCCGAAACCUCACCCGAACCAGCCUAUCGCUGUGCAAGAUAUCUCUGUUGUUGGACUUGUCAGGAAUGUGUUGAUUUGAGAUGAUGACCAGAUCAGGUGAAGAAAAGGGAGAGCCUGACGUUUUACUGUGUACCAGACAUACAGUACUACUAGUAUAUCUGUCAUUUUACUGUGUACCAGACAUACAGUACUACUAGUAUAUCUGACAUUUUACUGUGUACCAGACAUACAGUACUACUAGUAUAUCUGACGUUUUACUGUGUACCAGACAUACAGUACUACUAGUAUAUCUGACGUUUUACUGUGUACCAGACAUACAGUACUACUAGUAUAUCUGACGUUUUACUGUGUACCAGACAUACAGUACUACUAGUAUAUCUGACGUUUUACUGUGUACCAGACAUACAGUACUACUAGUAUAUCUGACGUUUUACUGUGUACCAGACAUACAGUACUACUAGUAUAUCUGACGUUUUACUGUGUACCAGACAUACAGUACUACUAGUAUAUCUGACGUUUUACUGUGUACCAGACAUACAGUACUACUAGUAUAUCUCACGUUUUACUGUGUACCAGACAUACAGUACUACUAGUAUAUCUCACGUUUUACUGUGUACCAGACAUACAGUACUACUAGUAUAUCUGACGUUAUACUGUGUACCAGACGUACAGUACUACUAGUAUAUCUGACGUUUUACUGUGUACCAGACGUACAGUACUACUAGUAUAUCUGACGUUUUACUGUGUACCAGACGUACAGUACUACUAGUAUAUCUGACGUUUUACUGUGUACCAGACGUACAGUACUACUAGUAUAUCUGACGUUUUACUGUGUACCAGACGUACAGUACUACUAGUAUAUCUGACGUUUUACUGUGUACCAGACAUACAGUACUACUAGUAUAUCUCACGUUUUACUGUGUACCAGACAUACAGUACUACUAGUAUAUCUGACGUUUUACUGUGUAGCAGACAUACAGUACUACUAGUAUAUCUGACGUUUUACUGUGUACCAGACAUACAGUUCUACUGGUAUAUCUGUCGUUUUACUGUGUACCAAACAUACAGUACUACUGGUAUAUCUGACAUUUUACUGUGUACCAGACAUACAGUACUACUGGUAUAUCUGUCAUUUUACUGUGUACAGUACUACUGGUAUAUCUGCCAUUUUACUGUGUACAGUACUACUGGUAUAUCUGUCAUUUUACUGUGUACAGUACUACUAGUAUAUCUGACAUUUUACUGUGUACAGUACUACUGGUAUAUCUGUCAUUUUACUGUGUACCAGACAUACAGUACUACUAGUAUAUCUGACAUUUUACUGUGUACAGUACUACUGGUAUAUCUGACAUUUUACUGUGUACAGUACUACUAGUAUAUCUGACAUUUUACUUUGUACAGUACUACUAGUAUAUCUGACAUUUUACUGUGUACAGUACUACUGGUAUAUCUGACAUUUUACUUUGUGCCAGACAUACAGUACUACUAGUAUAUCUGACAUUUUACUGUGUACAGUACUACUGGUAUAUCUGUCAUUUUACUGUGUACCAGAUAUACAGUACUACUAGUAUAUCUGACAUUUUACUGUGUACAGUACUACUGGUAUAUCUGACAUUUUACUGUGUACAGUACUACUAGUAUAUCUGACAUUUUACUUUGUACAGUACUACUAGUAUAUCUGACAUUUUACUGUGUACAGUACUACUGUUAUAUCUGUCAUUUUACUAUGUACAGUACUACUGGUAUAUCUGUCAUUUACUGUGUACAGUAUUACUAGUAUAUCUGACAUUUUACUGUGUACAGUACUACUAGAAUAUCUGACAUUUUACUGUGUACAGUACUACUAGUAUAUCUGACAUUUUACUGUGUACAGUACUACUGGUAUAUCUGACAUUUUACUGUGUACCAGACAUACAGUACUACUGGUAUAUCUGUCAUUUUACUGUGUACAGUACUACUAGUAUAUCUGACAUUUUACUGUGUACAGUACUACUAGUAUAUCUGACAUUUUACUGUGUACAGUACUACUGGUAUAUCUGACAUUUUACUGUGUACCAGACAUACAGUACUACUGGUAUAUCUGUCAUUUUACUGUGUACAGUACUACUGGUAUAUCUGACAUUUUACUGUGUACCAGACAUACAGUACUACUAGUAUAUCUGUCAUUUUACUGUGUACAGUACUACUGGUAUAUCUGACAUUUUACUGUGUACAGUACUACUGGUAUAUCUGACAUUUUACUGUGUACCAGACAUACAGUACUACUGGUAUAUCUGACAUUUUACUGUGUACAGUACUACUAGUAUAUCUGACAUUUUACUGUGUACAGUACUACUAGUAUAUCUGACAUUUUACUGUGUACCAGACAUACAGUACUACUAGUAUAUCUGUCAUUUUACUGUGUACAGUACUACUAGUAUAUCUGACGUUUUACUGUGUACCAGACAUACAGUACUACUGGUAUAUCUGACAUUUUACCGUGUACCAGACAUACAGUACUACUAGUAUAUCUGACAUUUUACUGUGUACCAGACAUACAGUACUACUAGUAUAUCUGUCAUUUUACUGUGUACCAGACAUACAGUACUACUAGUAUAUCUGACAUUUUACUGUGUACC